AUGACUCCGCCAACUGCGAAUCUGAAUCUUGAUGUUGAGGCUAUCUCGGGCAUUUGCGGUUCAAUUUCAAUUGCCUGCUGGGUCGUUGUCUUCUCUCCUCAGAUUAUCCAAAACUUCCAGCGCGGCAGUGCCGAUGCUCUCUCGAUUCAAUUCAUCAUUGUUUGGCUUCUUGGCGAUGUCUUCAACAUUCUGGGGGCCGUUCUUCAGGGCGUUCUGCCGACUAUGAUCAUUCUCGCAAUCUACUACACGAUCGCAGAUAUCGUUCUCCUCGGCCAGUGCUUCUACUAUCGCGGUUUUACUUGGCGCGACGCCCCGACCCCUGCGCCAAAGCCGACCACCCCGGCCCCUGGUGAACCCAACGAGCGUACAGGACUUAUUGCUCACGAUGACCGCCGCGGCUCAGACUGGUCUGGUUUGUCGCCUGCCGUUCCUCACAUUGCCGAAGAUGCUGCACCUCGAACUCCGACCGUCCUCCAGACCCUUAUCUGGAACACCAUCAUUGUGCUGAUGGUUAUUGCUGCUGGUGUUGUUGGCUGGUUCUUGGGCCAAAAGGCCUCUCACGGCAAAGAGGAUGGUGAUACCAACGUCGGAGGCGAGGACAACCUUCACUUCAGCCUUUCCGGUCAGAUCUUUGGAUAUCUCUGUACUGUCGCAUACAUCGCUUCUCGGCUACCUCAGCUCAUCCUGAACUGGAGACGCAAGACGACAGAUGGGCUUAGCAUGCUCUUCUUCCUCUUUGCUUGUCUCGGAAACAUUACCUACGUUCUGUCCAUCUUUGCCUACGAUCCCAAGUGUAAGCACGAUGAAUGCAGGCCCGGUGAGGCUCGUCACAUCUAUGGCAAAUACAUUCUGGUCAACUUGAGCUGGCUGGCUGGCAGUCUUGUCACCCUCUUCCUCGAUCUGGGCGUCUUUGCUCAAUACUUCAUGUAUAGCAAACCUGAGGCUAUCGCAACCCCCACCCGCCGACGAAUCAGUGAGAACGUUGUCGAGGAGGACGAGUACGAAGAUGACAGCGACAAUGAGGACAGCUGGGAUCAGCGGCCCCUACUCCAAAGGGGUGACUCUGUCUACCACCCGUGA